AUGUCCUGUGGUAAUGGUGAAACUGGUGGGCACUCUAUGUCUAACCUCUGUGGUCAGGGUCAAAGCUCCAGCUCCCAGUUAGCUAGUCUGAAUGGUCAUAGGAAGUCUUCAGGAUUGUUGGAAGUCACAGGGAACUUAAACAAUAAGCAAUAUUCUUCAGUGGCACUAACUCCAGAUACCAUGGUGAAUAAUGGAUCAGGAAUUCCCCCUAACUCUGAGGAAGACACAAAGGAUUCAGCAUUCCAGCUCAGCAACCAACCUAUGACAGGAAGUGAAAUCCGUAGGACCUACACUACCAAGUGUUUCUAUGGCCCUUAUUUAACCAAAACUAGCAUGCAGGGAGAUGUCUACAACUUCCUGGAGAGGCCUAGUGGAUGGAAGUGUUUUAUUUACCAUUUUACUGUAUUUCUACUGGUGCUGAUUUGUUUAAUUUUCAGUGUACUCUCUACUAUAGAAUAUUAUUCAGAAUUUGCCACGGGGACCCUUUUCUGGAUGGAAAUUGUUCUGGUGGUGUUUUUUGGUGCUGAAUAUUUGGUGCGGCUAUGGUCUGCUGGUUGCAGAAGUAAAUAUGUUGGCUUUAAGGGAAGACUACGUUUUGCCAGAAAGCCUAUAUCAAUUAUUGAUCUUAUUGUUGUGAUAGCCUCAAUUAUUGUUCUGAGUGUAGGAUCAAAUGGGCAGGUGUUCGCCACAUCUGCCAUAAGGGGAAUCCGGUUUCUCCAGAUACUUCGCAUGCUUCAUGUAGAUCGGCAGGGUGGCACUUGGAGACUCUUAGGAUCAGUUGUUUUCAUACAUCGUCAGGAACUCAUAACCACUCUGUACAUUGGAUUCUUGGGACUGAUCUUCUCAUCCUAUUUUGUCUAUCUUGCUGAGAAGGAUGCAGUGGAUGAAGAUGGAAGAACAGGUUUCUCCAGCUAUGCUGAUGCCCUGUGGUGGGGUGUGGUAACGGUCACAACAAUUGGUUAUGGAGACAAAGUACCACAGACAUGGAUUGGGAAGACAAUAGCCUCCUGUUUCUCAGUAUUUGCUAUAUCUUUCUUUGCUCUUCCAGCGGGGAUUCUGGGUUCUGGUUUUGCCUUGAAGGUACAACAGAAGCAACGUCAGAAGCAUUUCAACAGGCAAAUCCCAGCUGCAGCUUCUCUAAUUCAGACUCUAUGGCGGUGCUAUGCAGCUGAGAAAUCAUACAGUUCUACAGCAACAUGGAAGAUCUAUGUUACAUCGCCUGCUCAAAGUACAAAAAAAACACCAGCGCCAUCUAGCCCUAAAACAUUUGGAUACAAAAGAAAAGGAAAACCUGGGCGUGAUAAUGGCGUGACACCAAUAAUAAAUCCUGGAGAGACUGCCUUAUCCAUUCCACAAAUUACUUACGAUCACAUUGAUGAAAGAGAAGACAAAAAAGACAUGGAUAGGUCCAUCAGUGGCUAUUAGCCAAGUUUAAGAAAAAGCAUAAGGCACUUAGAAGGGAACAGCAAUGAAAUGUCACAGGACAACAGCUUCAUCGAUGACAUAGACUUCAUAUCAGAGGAGUCACCACUGCCUGCUGUAGCUAAUGUGGCACAGUUAACUGAAACACACCGAAUAGCUGUCAAAGUCAUAAGGAGAAUGCAAUAUUUUGUGGCCAGAAGAAAAUUUCAGCAAGCUCGAAAACCAUAUGAUGUACGUGAUGUAAUUGAACAGUACUCUCAAGGACACCUUAAUAUGAUGGUUCGCAUAAAAGAACUUCAGCGAAGACUGGAUCACUCCUUAGGGAAGCCUGGCCUUUUUCUUCCAGAAAAAGGGGUAGACAAAGGAUACUAUACUGUAGGAGCCAGACUGAUCCGGUUAGAGGAUAAGCUGCACCUCAAAAGGAAAGCAAACAGCGAGAUCUCCACAGCACAGCAUCUGUAAGAGGAU